AUGUUCAACAUAUUCCGUAUUUUGGGUGAUUUGUCGCACUUGGCAAGUAUCGUUAUUUUACUGAGAACCGUUCAAAAAACGCGACAGGUAGACGGAAUCUCGUUGAAAACACAGCUUUUGUAUGUUCUGGUGUUCUGCACAAGGUAUUUGGACCUGCUGACGUUCCGGUGGAAAUCUGUGUACAAUACGCUGAUGAAAAUGGUGUUCAUUGGGGCGUCUGUAAGAGUCAUCCAGUUGAUUCAGGAAUGCAAAACUAGGAACGCAGUGGCCUACAAAGAUAUGAUGGCUCGUGACACGUUCCAAAUUAAAUACCUGGUUGGACCCUGUGCCAUAUUGGCAUUGGUUUUCAACUAUAAAUUCACGGUUUUGGAACUGUGUUGGAGUUUCUCCUUGUGGCUUGAAAGUGUGGCGAUUUUGCCGCAAUUGUUCAUGCUGUCGCGUUCUGGCAAAGCCGGCACGUUGACCACUCACUACAUUUUCGCCUUGGGUCUGUAUCGUGCGUUGUACAUCCCCAAUUGGAUCUGGCGUUAUUAUACCGAAGGCAGAUUGGAGAAACUGUCGGUAUUCACAGGUCUGUUGCAAACCGCUUUGUACUCUGAUUUCUUCUACAUCUACUACAAGAAGGUCAUCAAGGGCGCAGGCUUUGAACUACCUCAUUGA